CGCGGACGCAAAGCCCAAAAUAUUCCACUUGUCUUGUGUGGAGUCACGGCAACCUCGACUGCAUUUGCACUUCAAUAGUCGAAUCCACCCCUUCCCCUUUUGCCUCCGAGCGAAAGUAAACGCGACGGAGAAGGACCUCCCCGUGCAAGCCACUGCCUUCGGUUGGAUUGGCCAACGCGGCAAGGAAGGAAGGAAAUCAUCCAGGGUGCAGGCUACGCGAUCUGAUCGAUCGAUUUCCGAUUGGUCGCCGGUGAUUAGUCUCGCGAGGACAUGGCGACGUCGUGGACUGCGCCGCCGCCGGGGUACCCGCAGGUCGGCGGCCAGCCGGCUUACCCGCAGCAGUCCUCCUCCACGGCCGUCGCCGUCGCCUCGGGCAGCAGCGGCGUGGGGAACCCCUACGUGUUCGUCACCCCGGCCAGCAACGGCGUGGGGAACCCCUACGUGAUCGUCACCCCGGCCAGCGCGUCCCCUUCCACCUGUCACUCCAUCAGGAAGGCGCUGGAGCGGUACGGGAAGAAGCUGGAGGACGGCACCCGCAAGGCCGCCGACACCACCGGCAACAUCUGGCACCACCUGCGGACGGCGCCGAACAUGGCGGACGCGGCGGUGGCGAGGCUGGCGCAGGGGACGAAGGUGUACGCGGAGGGCGGCCACGACAGGGUGUUCCAGCAGGCGUUCGGCGUCGUGCCGGGGGAGCAGCUCCGCAAGGCCUACGCCUGCUACCUCUCCACCUCCACUGGCCCCGUCAUCGGCACGCUCUACCUCUCCACGGCCCGCCUCGCCUUCUGCAGCGACAGCCCCCUCCCCUACCAGGCCCCCGGCGCCGGCGCCGCCGCCGGUGGCCACCCUCCCGAGGGCAUCUACUACAAGGUGGUGCUUCCCCUGAACCAAGUGAAGUCGGUGAACCCUUCUGCCAGCAUGACGAACAGGGGCGAGAAGUACAUCCAGAUCACCACCACGGACAAUCACGAGUUCUGGUUCCUGGGGUUCGUGUCCUACGACAAGGCGCUCAAGAAUCUCUACGAAGCCCUGCAGCGCCGUGCGUGAUCACAGCCCUCAGCUACCGCAGCUAAGCUUCACCUCCAUCCUAAUAUACAUAUCUGUUGAUUUAAGUUUCUUUCGUGAUCUUGUAAGCUUCAGUUGGAAUAAGUGUGACACGUUACUGAAACAAAAAUUCCGAUGCCGUGUGUAUGAACAUUGUCAGUGUAGAAUGUGCUGAAUUGGUUAAAAGUGAACGGUAAA